AUGGCAAAACUAACAUAGCACAACCCGAGCAUGUGCCUACGCGAUAAAAUCAGGGCUUGAAGCACACGAUCCUUGUCUUACUCCUCCAUGCCCUUUGGAACGGUCAAACUCAACGAUGGCAACGAGCUCCCUGUCAUCGCAUUUGGCUCUGGAUCUUCAAUGAAAUUCCAUGACAUUACUCAAUAUGUGAAGCAAGCUAUCGACGUUGGCUUUCACCACCUUGAUACCGCAUACAACUAUCAGACAGAGCAAUAUGUAGGGCUCGCCAUCAAGGAAACUGGCGUUCCCCGUUCUGAGCUCUUCAUAACAACCAAGUGCGGCGAAGGCGGGCACAUCCUGAACAACAUUCACAGCAGUAUUGCCCGACUGGGCGUGAACAGUGUCAACCUAUACUUGUCGCAUGUCCCCGAGUACCUAGGGGACGACUAUGCAGCCGGGUGGGCUCAGUUUGAGUUAAUCAAACGUACCGGUUUGGCGUCGAGCAUCGGCGUCAGCAACUUUGGGGUCGAAGAGAUGCAGAGGCUUCUCAAAGUUGCUAACGUCAAACCUGCCGUAAAUCAGAUAAAGCUCCACCCGUACAACUAUGAGUCUCAGAAAUCCUUGCUGCAACUCUGUGCGGAACAUGGAAUCGUCGUACAAGCAUACAGCAGCUUGGACCCUAUUACAAAGUACCCAGAAGGAGCUCUUGGGAAAAUCCUGGCUAAAUCAGCUGCUCAACGAAAGGCGACGCCAACGCAAAUGAUAUUUGCGUGGGUGCUUAGCAAGGGUGCAGCGAUAGUGACAACCAGCCGCAGCGAGGAGCAUCUAAGAGAGUACUUGGAAGUUGCAGAUCUGACGCCCUUGACACCCGCCGAGGUUGCAGCGAUCGAUGCCGCUGGUGCAGCGGGGCCUCCGUCAGAUCAGACCAUUAUGGUGCGGAUUGACCGCAUUCGCAGGACUAUGGUUGCACGCAAAGAAAGACUCAUGACUGCCGUCGCUAUCGCUGCCAACGUAGGCUUGUGUGUUUAUUGGGCAGUGAAGGCUAUCAAGGCAGUCAAUUCCCCGACGUGGUCAUGGAUAGAGUAUUGGGAGAAGAUGCAAGCAAAUUAUGCGGUUAUGGGUGUAGUAUAUGUCUCCACCUUGUCCUUGUGGAUGUAUUCUUACUGGACCAGCAAGACAAGAUCUCUCGAGUUGUAAGUACUAUAGAGGAUCGCUGUUGUCUCGGGCCCGUGUAACCACGUUGUAUAAGUUUUGAUCACC